GUCUUGAUUUGAGCCCCUUGCCAAUAUUCCUCAGCCCGCUAUUCCCGAUGACGGACGCGCGGUCGAUGGGUGUGAUACUCUUUUACAUUAUCGAUGUCAAGUCCUUUAAAAAUACAUAAUUUUCUGAUAAAUUCCUUUUCAGUCUUCUUGGGAGGGCAAGUGGAGGGCAGUAGGUGGUGGAGCAGGAGGAGGAUGAAGAGAGACUGGAGGAGCAGGAUAUUAGCAAAGAAUAAAACAAAGACAGGAAAGAAACUGAGGAAAGAACAGGACGAACAUCAAGAAGGACGAAGCUAAACACAAUGAGAGGAGAGGGACGGCGAUAACAACGAGGGGAGACAGAACAGUAGGAGUCGGAGGGGGAGCAGUCGGAGGGGGUGGGAUAGGGUGCCAGGCGGUGGGCGGGCGGCAGCAGCGGGCAGGAGGCGAGGCAGGAGGCGAGGCAGUGUCGGCGCAGCGCCCUGUGAGGUUGGUCGUAUGUGCUGGUGCGCGAUACCGACUGACCGAGUGUGUGAGAGAGCCAGUGAGCCAGUGACGGUGAGUGCGUGGACCUUCCUCGUCACCACUAACAACAGUGACGCCCUCGUGAUGCGGCAAGAGUAAACACUGCACCACCACCACCACCAGCGUCACCACCACGUGUUGUCUUGCACCGAAGGAAAUAGAAAAAGUUUGAAAAGGUGAUAAAAAGUACAUAAAAAACAGAAGGGAUUUAGAAGGUUAAGGACACAGGGCGGUGAGAUACUGGUGUCCACUGUGUGUCCGUGUGUCCGUGUGUUCCUGAGUGCGCUGGAUUGGACAGACACUUUACACCUGCGCUAAUUGGCUAACCCUCUGGCAGCUGGCGGUGAUUCCAUCCACAGUUUCUCUUUCUUUUCAGACAUGAGACGAGAGGGAGGAAGGAGGAAGAGAAGGAGGUGAAGCAACACCGACAAGAGGCGAGAGGAGUGCGAGGAGGAGGAGGAAGAGGAGGAGGUGAAGGAGGAGGGAGAAGAGAGGAGAGAGGAGGAAGGAGAGAGGGCCAGUUUGGAGGAAAGCAAAAUAUUUCUUCCCAGCUUGAAACGGGCGCCGUCUCGCCGCCGCGAGAACACUUGGGCCCUUCACGUCCCUCUCUUCCUGGCGGGUCCUGGAGUCUGGGCCCUUGAGUACAAGCCUCCUGCACCCCCAGAGGCCCUUGUGUUCUAUUUAAACGCUGCUCAAGUGUCCCAGGGAGACAAUGGCGGCUGUGAGGGGUCCGGCGAGGCGAUACUGAGGCUGCGAAAUGAACACGAGAGGAAUUUAAAUACACGUCUUGAAGUGCUCGAGAAGACGGUGGCAACGGGAGGCUCCUCUACAAGGCUGCUGUGUCUGUUCGUCUGUCUCUUUGUGUGGGUGUGUGUCUCCCCCACUGGCUCCCCUUUCUGCUGAGUCGCUUGCCGCCUCAUCGUGUGUGUCUUGACUCUACGUGAUUUGCUGCGGUUCCUGGAAGCUGUGUUCGUGCCUGCGUGAGUGCGUGUGCGUGUGUGUGUGUGUGUGUGUGUGUGUGUGUGUGUGUGUGUGUGUGUGUCGGUGCGUGUAAAUGUAUGCGUGUGUUUGAGUUGGGCCGCCUGCUCUAAUUACUGGCUCGUGUUGGGAUGUCGAACAGUAAACGGUGAGGCAGGAAAUUGUGUGGUGGUGCCUGCGUGCGUGUGUGUGUGUGUAAGUGUGUGUGCGUGUGGCGGUGCUAAUCCUAUUCGAUGGUGCCGCUCAGAGCCUUGUGACGCUAACCAGAUGAAGAUUAUGGGAAGAGAGAGAGGAAACUGAUAAACACGAAGAAAAUACUAAGGGACAAAAGCAGUGAUAGGAAAUAAAGUCAACAUACACAGGCGGGAAUCAGAAAGACAAAGACAAGAAAUGGUGGUUCGGGACAGCGGCCACAGAGGGUGCAGACAGGACUCCCGGACAGCAGUGGAACAAAGGGAAAAGCAGCGAAAGGAGUCAGUUCAUGAUACUUUGACGUGAAGACGAAGCACAAAACAAGUUAUAAACACAGACAGUUGUGUGAAGGCAAAGACAAAAAUAAUGAUAUCUGAGAAAGAGAAUACGUGAAAAAACAAAACAAUACAGAAACAAACAGCAUAAACAAGUGAAGUCAACAGAGUGGGUUAAAACGAAAGAAACAAAAAAAGAAAAAAAUCAGAGAGAAAAACAGGACAAAACAACAAUAUGAACGCGUGACCGAGGGAAAAAGAGUGAAGUGUUACAAAGUCAAUAAGAAGCGAACACAGAGCACCAGCAUCAGGGGCGCCAUGCCAGCCAUCAGCGGCCCCAGCGAGGACCCACUCUCCUACCCAGACCCUGAGCCCGAUCCUGAUGUGGUGGGCGUGGGGGGCCGGGGAGUAGGAGGGGGAGAGGGAGAGGGAGAGGACAUGCUCAUGGGGGAGGGGGAUGACCUUGGCCUUGAGUCAGACGGCCUUGACCUCAACCAUGUUCGGACUGUAAUGUGGAACCGCUUCAUGGAACAGUCGACCGUGAUCGUGAACGCCACGGACGACAGCCAGAAGGUGCUGCGCUGCUUCGACCAAUUCAUCGCGUCCCUCCUGGAGUCAAAGGACGGCGGCGCGGCGGCAGGCUCGUGUCCGGUCAAGUUCGACGGCGUGUCCUGCUGGCCCCAGACGCCCCCCGGCACGUUGCGGGUCAUCCCCUGCUUCGAUGUGUUCAACGGCGUCUACUACGAUCCAUCAGAAAACAACGCCACCCUCUACUGCUACGCUAACGGGACGUGGUCAAGCCGCUCUUUCUACGACUACUGCCUCAACGCCAUCACCAACCCGCCGGGGACGCACGUAGGCACCUCCAUCAGCACCAUCCAGACCACAUUCUACGUGGGCAACUCCCUCAGCCUCGCCGCCGUGGCUUUGGCUCUCUGGAUCUUCAUCUCCUUCAAGGACCUGAGGUGUCUACGCAACACCAUCCACACCAACCUGCUCUUCACCUACCUGCUGCACAACCUCUUCUGGAUCAUCUACGCCUCCGUCAAGGGUCUGGUGGCGUGGUCCGUGGGCUGCGGCUUCUUCGUCACCCUCAACUACUUCACACUGACUAACUUCAUGUGGAUGUUUGUUGAAGGUUUCUAUCUCUACAUGCUGGUGGUCAAAACCUUCUCGGUGGAAAACAUCAAGCUACGAGUCUACAUGCUCAUAGGAUGGGGUAUUCCCGUUCCUAUAGUAGCGUUGUGGGUUAUACUGAAGUCACAGCUUGCCGCCAGCCACGAGGGGUCUGAGCUGGAGGUGGUGGCGAUGGCGGGGCAAGAACUAGAAGGCCUCAUCAGAACGUGCCCCCCGAUGCCCGCGAGCCACUUCGACUGGCUUCACAAGGUGCCCGUCCUCGUGGUGCUCUCCCUCAACCUGCUCUUCCUGGCGCACAUCAUGUGGGUCCUCAUCACCAAGCUGCGAUCUGCUAACACGGUGGAGACGCAGAGGUACCGCAAGGCCACCAAGGCGCUGCUGGUGCUUAUCCCGCUGCUGGGCCUCACCUACAUGCUGCUCAUCGCCCUGCCGCAGGAGCUGGAGCACGUGCGGGCCGUCCUUCUCUCCACGCAGGGCUUCUGGGUGGCGCUGUUCUUCUGCUUCGUGAACAGCGAGGUGCAGAACAGCAUCAGACACCACAUAGAGAGGUGGAAGACUGCCCGCGGCCUGGCUGACCCCCGCUGCCAGUCCGUCAGACACAGGGACGGCUCGCCGCGCCCCAAGACAGGUUGCUCCAGUUACGGGCGACGGUUGUUCGGGGGCAAAAGGGAAUCCCUGUGUUCAGAAGUGACCACCAUGACCACGUACGUCGCCAACGGUUACCAGCCCGUCAGCACCCAGACCACCACCACCAACACAACCACUAACACCGCCUCCCCCAACACGCUGCCGCUGCCCCAGGCCCAGCCGCCGAUACCCAUGGGACACCUCGCCUUCAGGAACUCCACGGCGGGCCUCAGUCAAUCCAGCGCAAGCGAGGCGGAUUGCAAGAUCACUGUCAAGGAUUCUCUGCUCUAAAGUAUUCCCAGAAAAAAAAGGACGUGACAUUAGGACUUGUGCAUCGAGCUGCGUGUGUCAAUGUGUGUUUCUUGCGUGACUUUUACGUGCGUGUGUAAGUGUGUGUGUUUGGAAGGUAUGUCUAUGUUAUUGUGACGUAUCUGUUUCUCGGUUUGCUUCUGCGCGCGCGCGCGCGCGUGUGUGUGUGUGUGUGUGUGUGUGUGUGUGUGUGUGUGUGUGUGUGUGUAAGGAAAGGAAGGUGCGUGUAAGUGUUCGAGCGAUGCGUUUGUCUCCUUGUCUGUCUUUAUGUCAGUCUGUGUGUCAUUGGGGUGGGGGCGGAGUGGCGGCAGAUAAGACGCUCACUGCAAGGACACCCAUCCCAUACUGCAAGAUCAAGAGCGAGAGAGGCGACUUACCCUCACAAAUGCUGUCAGGAAUUACCUCUACAACCGCCACCACCGUCGCCACCACCACAAACACGACGACGACGACGACAACCAGAAACUCAACGUCACUGGCUGCCUACGUGACAGAGUAUGAGCGUGAGGGAAAAAGAAUCAUAAAAAAAAGCACAGUUAUACCGGCGGAAAUUGAAACCAGCAUGGAAGACAACAGCGGCUGCAGUGGUGGUGGUGGUGGCUGACUCUGGCUUCACAGAGACGAGAUGAAGUGAUGUAAAAGUGAAGCAGAGCAGGGUAAGAGAGGCAGGGUGAGCGAGGCGGGGUGAGAGAGGCAGGUUAUGGUGAGGUGCACAUACAUACACACACACGCAAGCACACAUACGUACAGCGGGUCACCUCACACAGUCAUUCGUGUGGCGCUCACUGCAUUGAGCAUACAAAAGUGUAAAACCAGACCCUCUUCCCGCUGUACAGUGUGGCGCCAGGAGUCGUGUGCACGUCAGCUGAGGCAACACACGCAGACUACAAUAUGUACCACAUGGAGGCAGUGGGAAAAUGUGAGCAUUGUGUUCGUAGGUAAAGAGCGUUGCGUGCGUGUACUCGUACAGGGAACUGACGCGUGCACUCUCCACCAUGGCAGGCCGCCCACCAGCCUGCCACGGCAGCGUGAACUGACCCACCCACAGAUCUCACUGAUUUUCGAAAACUGCUCACCUCGCCUCGCCUCCACAAGUCUGCCCUGCUCCGCCCUGAGGCUUAUCGAACAAAGCCCACCAGCGAGCAGAUCCCUCAGGUGGCGGGGCGAGGCGCACGGCACGCCCGCCGACACUCAUGGCUCAGACUCUGUGUGUGUGUGUGUGUGUGUGUGUGUGUGUGUGUGUGUGUGUGUGUGUGUGUGUGUGUGUGUGUGUGUGUGUGUGUGUGACGCUCUGAUAAUACUACUGUUUAGGGAUCCUUGUGUCAAGACGUGUCCGUGCAGGGUGAGGCGGGACAUCACCACCGCCGCCUCACCACCACCGCCACCACCACCAUCACGACGAUGAGGCAGUCACUGAACUCAUCGAGACACAAAGGAUGACAGAGAGCAAUACCCGGGAUCAGCGGUGCGGGCGAAAUGUUUCUUUCUCCUGUCCUGUGUACGUGUUCCUGGAGGCGCGGCCCUGCUGAAUCACCUCCCGGCCCAAGGCCCCCUCAGGCGAAGUGGCCGGCGUGCGACAAGCGAGCAGUUAUCACCACUCCUUACAAAGGCCGCUGCACCCACUCGAGCACGCCGGGCGGGGGCAUUGAAGGCGCGUCUCAGGACAGAAUAUAAUCUUGCUGCGUCAAUUAUCAUCCGAGACACCGGCAAGGAGAGGCGGCGCGGCACAAGCGUGCCAUGCUCGGCUGCACUCACUCCCGCGCUCCCUUCGUCGAGAGCAAUAUAAUUAAGCACAAAAGGCGACGAGGCGGAGGUGAAUCCUGCAGUAAAUCCCUCCCUCGCCUGCAACACAAGACAGGGACGCGGCGCCCGGCACACAGCGACAAGGCAAAUUGCUCGCUUCGCUCACCGCCACCAGAUUACUUCCCUCGCAGCGCCACCAAGCCCAGCACGGAAGGAAAAAUAGUCAUCGAGCGAGUGAAGGAAGCGGGCACUACCACCUAAAAGCGGGGACUGCAGCGGUGACCCGAGAGAUAGUGCAGCUGUACUGUACGCUUGUGUUGUGCUGUGUUGCCGCGCCAGGGACCCUCCAAGAGACCUGUACUGUGGUGUGCUGCGAUGUAUCAGCCUCCAGGACCUGCAGUUAUUAUCUCAACGUGUUACAAGCGCGAAUACAUCCUCCAGUACCCUGAUGCUGACUAUAUAUUAAGGCUACUCACUCACUCAGUACUUGACGAGCCUAGGCACACUGUCAUUAUCAUUAUUAUUAUUAUUAUUAUUAUUAUUAUUAUUAUUAUUAUAAUUAUUAUUAUUAUUAUUAUGUAGGUCUGGACUGAGGCGGAGGGCGAGUACAUUCGUAGAGCUCAUACAUACAUACUACUAAUGAUAUGGCGUAUAAUACAUAUAUUUUUGUGUCGGGUAUAGGCUGUAUAUAUCAUAGGCUUAGGGAAAGAGAGACGAAGUUUUUUCUUGUACAUAGACACACCUGGUGCUGUUUAUGACUUCCUGU